AUGCAACCUCCUUCAGAUUCUCCUUCUCCACCCUCUCCUCAUAACAAUAAUUCAUCCUUGAAAGCUCACUCCCAAUCACCACCACCAGUCUCAUCAAACUCAGAGUCCUACAACUGUCAAUGGAUCGAUUGCUCUGCCAGUUUCACAGAUCCAGAGAUCCUCUACAAUCAUCUCUGCAACGACCAUAUCGGCAGAAAGAGUACAAAUAAUCUUUGUCUCACUUGUAAAUGGAAGGAUUGCGGCACAUCCUGUGCCAAGCGUGAUCAUAUCACAAGUCAUCUUCGAGUCCACACUCCGUUGAAGCCGCAUGUCUGUGAGAUAUGCAAGAAGUCAUUUAAGCGACCCCAGGAUCUCAAAAAGCACGAGAAAAUCCAUACAGAGGAGCACCACGCGCAGCACAAGCACUCCAAGGCAAUUACCGUAAAUGAUCCUGCUUACGCCUCCCGUAUUCGCGGAGAUGCUUUCCCAACAAAAGGUGCCCUCAAUAGGUCGCUUUCUGGUAAACUUCAUGGCGCAGCGCCGGGCGCGUUGCCUCCCAAAGUCCCUUUUGCUCGUGCACGCCCUCGUUCUGGUGGGCAUUACAGUGCCUUGCCCACUCCCUCUCCGGAGCUUGAAAAUCAUCCCUCUCGUCAUGUGCCUAAUCCGCCAUACGAGCUCUUUCUCCAUAAUCAGGUACCUUCAUGGGACAGCGCUAAAUCCGAUGCACGCGCAUCAAAUCGCAACAAACGGUCGCUUGAAUAUACUGUCGACGAUUUCUUCACUGAUAUGAAGAAGAGGAAGGUCAAUCCUGCUUACGACAACCACAUGGUGGAGCGUCUCAACAAUCUUGCAUAUGCACAAGACGAUGCACAGUAUGACGAGUUUAACCCUCGCUCAGUGUCUUUUGACGUCCGCACACCAGAGGAGCUUGCUGCCGUGAACGAAUUUCUUGUGGCCCUUGGUCGGGAUGUAACUGCAAACAAUCGUGCAUCCCAGGACUUAUCAGGACGGUUCUCACCAACGACGUAUUUUGAUGCUGACAGUCUCAGUCAACUUGGGCUCGCCGGAAUGCCUGGACUGCUGGGUCCAGGGACAGCAUAUAAUCACGAUGCUGCGUACGUGCAGACUGCGCACCAAUAUGCCACUGCUGCCUACCCUUCUCCACCCUCACUCGGGAGAUCUUCGCAUCCAUCCGUGCAGCACACUCAAUAUAGUCCUGUUUAUCCACCUAUGCAUGCUUCCACCUCUGGUGGUUAUUCAGAUCAGUACACCCCUUCCCAUCAGAGCCGUGCUUCGGCAUCCGCCUCCCAUGACUAUGGUCUCAAUACGCCAUCUUCAACAUAUGCUUAUCAAACGUCUACUCCGCAAGGGCACUUCCACCCUACACCGCCGCUCGACCCGACAUCUCCGCAUUCUUCUAGCUCCACCCCUUCCAAUGCUACGCCACCUCAUCACUCGUCGAUACAAGAGUCUUUUGCUGAGUUCAGCUCGCUUCGUAGGCCUCGUGGUGCCCCUCCACCUGUGCAAAUGGCGGCACCAGAGUACCAUCACAAAGCUAUGCGAAACAUGAUCCCAUUGAAAACAGCACCUGCUAAUGCACCCGAGCCGGUGCCGGUGACACCUGCCCUCCCUCCAACCACACACCGCGGAUCAAUCAAUGCACUGCUGUCACCGCCCUCAUCAUCUGUGCCUUCUUCCAACAAAUUGUACCCCUUGCUGCUUCCCGAAGACUCUCAUUUGAAGUUACCGUCACUCAAGCCUGAUGCAGGUCCGUUCAGGCUCCCACCCAUCAAGGAUAUGUACCGCCCGCCGUCACCUCAGACGUCUGCAUCACGGUCUCCAGACACAUCUCGUGGAACGACCCCUAGCUCGACACGUUCGUCACCUGUGUCUACUCAUACAACCAUCCCUGGUCUGCGCUCAAUCACUGAGACGUCAGAGAGUGACGAACUAGUCAGAAAGGUUGACAAAAUCCAGCUAGAUCACCUGAUGAAGGAAGUCACACCGGAAAACCGGCAGAAGCAUGCAGAGCUGAUACGUAAUCUCCUUGUGAAGAUUAACGAGGAUUAUCGGAAACGCUUCGGCACUCCCCAGAUGGAGUCUUCAAGGGUUUCGCGAACCCGGCUGCCUUUGGUAGACGUGGAGAUGGCCGUCGCAUAG